AUGGACCUUCUGAGGGCCCAGGCUAAGGGCCAGGAGUUCGACGAGGCCAAGGCUCAGGACAAGAUCGAGGCGCAGCUAGAGCGAGAAAUGUGGACCGUGGCGGCAGGAAUCGCCGUUGGGGUACGGCCAACCCUCGACUCCCAGUGUGUUGGACUGGAUCGAUGACCGAUCAGAGAUAACGUGGUUGCCGGCGAAGCCUGUGGAGAAGGUUGACCUCGAGGAGCUCGGAGUAGUAAAUUCGCCAUAAAAGCACCACCAGCGCAUGGGGUCGAAGCCUUGCUCCGAAGCAAAAGCGGGGUUCGAAGCAGCAGUAGCAGAUAAUGAGUCGAUGUGCUUCCCCUUUCUCUGGAACGUUCCGUUCAAGAAAUUAGCCAAUCUCUCUCUCUCUCUCUCUCUCUCUACUUUCGGUCAGAAGUAUGUAGCCGUAGCAGCUUUUACCUGAGUUUAGCAAGAAAGAAGCCUGAUCGUGUGUUCUGGAGCUUAGAGGAAGGACGUUCGCCGGGGUCGGGGAAAAUACACGUUUGUGAAGCAUCCUUAAGCGACGUGACUGCCGCCACUCGAGAGCACAAGAGACAAGCCCAGAGGGACGGAUAACGGCGCGAUUAUUAGACGGACUCCCGUGUGCAGGCAACCCAGUCUACUAGAUGUGGACCCGCUUGUUUUUCUUGUUUUUUCUCCUGAACGGCGGUUGUCUGAAGCAUUGUUGGUCAAGCCGACCCUCGGUUACCACCCGGAUGUAAGGAUUCGAACGGCACAGCGAGAACGAGACUCUCUGUCGUUAACAUGUUGUAGCUCCUUGUCCAGCGCAAGUUGCAGCAGCGUAGUAGUGUUGGUUCGGACAAUCGCGGCCGUAGAGUCUGCUUUCCUCUUCCCGUGUCCUAUUUUUGCUUUCAACAUGUCCGGGUGUACGGUGCCGGAAUCGAAUAUUCAGACAAGUCGGUCGUCUUACAAAACAACCCCAGGCGUUCGGCCGAUAAAUAGCGUAGGCUGCUUGACUAUCUUGCUUAUUUCGCUGGCAAGAUGGUGAUGCCGGCGGCGUGCGACGGAUGAUGUGUGUAUAGUCGGACGAGGCUGUCGAGAGGCGAAGUGCGAUGGACAAUCUACUUUGCCGAGGGCCCGCGCUGCGAUUGAGGUAGAUGCGUGAUAGAGACAUGAACAAGAGAGGAGACGCGCUGCUUUAUUUCACGAGUGCCGCUGUGUUUUGGUAGAGGUGUGAUCGGAGAAAUUUCGGUUCUGGGGGUGCCGUAGACAUGACCCGAUUGGGCUUUAGAGCGAGCAAAGGCACGUUGUGGGGCAGAUAUAAUAUGCAUAGUAAUCGGUUCAAUUUUGUUCGUGGGGAUUUUGGUGUCUGUACUGAUGUUGGCGGGAGAGGAAGGGUAUGAUUGGCCCCCGUUAAAAAAUCAAAGCGGUCUCUGCCAAGCUUUAGAUCCGUCCACGCUUCCGUACCACCACACCGUUGAUGGGUUUGUUGGGAAAUGGAUCAUUCAUCCCGUCAAACA